CAAAUGCUUUCCACAUUCCACUGAUUCCACACGUGAGAGAGAUCUGACUUUGACAGUUUCGUUGUUUACUAUAAAUAGUUGUGGUGUUUUAUCAAAAUACUGAAUUUUAACAUAAAUUAUGUCUUCUUCAUCAGAUAGUGAUUCUGAGCGUGAAAUUGAAGUAAACAGACUUGGAGAUUGCGAAGUAUGCGGCAAAAACCAAGCUAAAUACACCUGCCCGAAAUGCGAGGUGAAGACCUGUUGCCUUGAGUGUGUAAGGAUACAUAAAAAGGAGCUAGAAUGUGAUGGCAUCAGAGACCGCACGAAGUUCAUCAGGAUUAAAGACUUCACGGACACAGACCUGCUGAGCGAUUACAGACUACUAGAGGAGUGUGCGCGGUUUGUAUAUGGCGUCAAAAUAGAUGAGAAGAAGAAAUACACUAGGGUUGACAAGGAAUUACCUAUUUAUCUAUUUAAGCUCAAAAUGGCAGCCAGGCAGAGGGGUACAGCCCUGCAAUUCUUAGCACAGAAUUUCUCAAGGCACAAAGUGAAUACUACCAGGUACAACAAGAAAAUGAAUAUAAUCAACUGGAGGGUGGAGUGGGUGUUUCCUAAUGUUGAGUCGGAGCCUCUGAAGUUUGUGGAUGAGAGGUGUGGGGAACACAAGCGGCUGUCAGAACUCCUGGACAAGUAUCUGAACCCUGAUGCCUUGCCUUUUGAAGGAUCAAAGGCAUUGUCUUACUAUAAAUCUGUGGGAUUUAGUGGAGUUAAAAUAUUACUAAGAGCUGAGAAAGUGAAGGGUUCUGGAAGGAAGUUCUUUGAAUUGGAUCCAACAGAAUCUUUGGCUGAGAACCUAUCUGGGAAGUGCAUAGUGGAAUUCCCAAUUAUAUUUGUUGUACUCAAAGACCAUGCCUACAACUUUGAGAUUAUAACACCAGAAGAUGAAAUAGAAGAAAAAUCUGGUACUAAUACUGAUAAAGUUGGUACUAGUAAUAGUAAAGAAAACACUACAUCAGUAGUUAAUGGGAACCCUGAUACACAAGCCAAUACUGAUGGCAACACAAAUGGAACUACAGAGCAUUCCAGGAAGAGACCUAGACAGCUACUCACAGAGAAAGUAGCCCAGGAGAAGAAGAUGGAGAUUGAGAAGGAGAUCAAAGCAGCAAGAAAGAAGAAACCCAAGAAUCUACUGUUCACCACAGGAUACUCCUCAGAGGAGAGUUUGGACGAUAACAGUGAAGAUGAAGUGGAAACCUAGUAAUAGGAAUUCUCGAGGGAACUGAUAAGUCACACAAGAAUCUGCACAUAAACAUGUGUGGACAAACUUAUGAAUAUACAAUUACUGAUUGUGACUAUAUAAUAUUAUGUAAGCCUGUGAUAUUAUUUGUGUAUGCAUAGUGGGCUUUCUGUUUGUGUUGUAUAAAAAUAGGUUUAUUAAAUCUCCAUUAAAUGUAAUUAUACUAUGUAUUAAGUUACAACUGAGACAUGAAAUAUACAACCAAGAUAAACUUUUAGAAAUAAUU